UUCUUCGGUUUUAUUCUGUUAUUAUUUUAUAAAAAUAACAGUCAACAAUGUAUAACAUUUAAAUAUCAAUUGACACUUGAGACUUGACAGUAAGUAUUAAGUAGCAAGUACUCUACAGUCUACAGGAAUAUGGCUAAUCGAACUGUAAAAGAUGCAAAAACCAUUCACGGGACUAAUCCUCAGUAUUUGAUCGAAAAGAUCAUUCGAUCUCGUAUUUAUGACAAUAAAUUYUGGAAAGAAGAAUGCUUUGCUUUGUCUGCCGAAUUACUUGUGGAUAAGGCUAUGUUAAUGCGAUUUAUAGGAGGAGUAUAUGGCGGUAAUAUCAAACCCACACCUUUCUUGUGUUUGACGUUGAAGAUGUUGCAAAUACAACCAGAAAAAGACAUCAUUGUGGAGUUCAUAAAAAACGAAGAAUUCAAGUAUGUCCGUGCGCUUGGGGCAUUUUAUAUGCGUUUGACAGGUUCAUCAGUGGAUUGUUAUAAAUAUCUGGAACCAUUGUUAGCCGACAGUCGUAAGUUAAGAAAACAAAAUAGGGAUGGCCAGUUUGAGAUCAUAUAUGUUGAUGAAUUUAUUGAUUCGCUGCUACGAGAUGAGCGUGUUUGUGACGUUAUAUUACCACGUAUACAAAGCAGACAUGUGCUGGAAGAAAACAAUGAGUUAGAACCCAAAGUGUCAAUACUUGAAGAGGAUAUAGAAGAAGGUGUUGAAUCAUCAGAUGAAGAAGAGCCUACAGAUAAAAGAAGAGAAAAGGAACACCGGAAUAAACACUCGCCUGUAAAAGAAAAAAGAAGAGACAGAGAGCGUGAAAAGAGAAAUAGAGAUAGAGAUCGAAGAGAUCGUGAUAGGGGCGAUAGAAGAGAUAGAGACCGACAUAGAAGGAGUAGAAGUCAUGAUCGUGACCGAUCUAGAAGACAUAGGUCUAGAUCACCUUACAGAAAGUAAAAUAACAUUUUCAUUUAUAAAUACAUGUAUAUUUUUUCAACAAAUAAAUAAUUUGAAUUCAA